AUGACCCAAUUACAGAGCCUUGUAGCUUCUGUUUCGGUUCUAUCUUUACUUUCUGUUGCCGACGCUUGGUCUCCAACAAAUAGUUACGCUCCUGCUAAGGUUAACUGUGAUGGUAAGACAGGUCUUACCAGAGAGGCUGGCAAAAUCUCCGAUGCCGAAGCAUCGUGGUUAACUAAGAGAGAUCCUAUCACCAGCACUGCUCUAAAGUCUUUCCUUGACCGUGUUACAUCCAAUUUUGAAGACAAUUCUAUUGUUGAAAAAAUCUUUAGCCAAGCUGCUCCAAAAGCUGGUUAUGCUGCUUGUGGUGGUGGUUACCGUGGUAUGUUACUUGACGCUGGUACAGCUGCUGCUAUGGAUGAAAGGACUCCAGGUGCCAAUGAAUACGGUCUAGGUGGUCUAUUACAAGGUAUCACAUAUAUUACUGGUGUUUCUGGUGGUGCUUUCUACACUUCUACUGUUGCUUACAACAACUGGACUUCCGUUCAAGAGAUUAUUGAUCAAAUGAAUGACGGUGAUCACUCUAUUUGGGAUUUAUCCAACUCUCCAUUGAACCCAGGUGGUUCUGACACAGAAUAUACCGACCAAUUGUUCGCUGAUGUUGCUGCCUCUGUGAAGGCAAAGUCUGACGCUGGUUUCAAAGUUUCCCUAGGUGAUGCCUACGGUUUAAUCUGUGGUUACUAUAUGUACCCAUCCUUACCUCAAGGUGGUGCCACUUACCAAUGGUCUGAUAUUCAAGAUGUCGAUGCUUUCAAGAACGGUGAAAUGCCAAUGAUCAUGGAAGUUACCGCGAUUGUUCCUCCAGGUGAAACUACUGCUGGUCUAGAUGCUACCACUGUUGAAUUGAAUCCAUUCGAAUUCGGUUCAUGGGAACCAAGUAUUAAUGCCUUCUCUGAUAUGAAAUAUCUAGGUACCGAACUAUCCAACGGUAACCCUGUCAAUGAAGAUGAAUGUGUCUUAGGUUUUGAUAACGUUAACUUCAUCACUGGUGCUUCCACUGAUGUUAUCAACUACAUCAACACCCAAGGUAACCCAGUAUACACUUCUAUGGUUGCUCAAUUCAAGAACAAAUUCUUAGGUAACAUUACUACAGAAAGUGUGGACACCAAUAUUGUUUCUCCAAAUCCAUUCAAAGGUACUUCUUACUACAGUUCUAGUCAAGGUGACUCUCUUGUCGAGACUGAAAAUCUACGUUUAGUUGAUGGUGGUUACGGUGGUCAAGUUAUCCCAAUUACCCCAUUGAUGAGACAAGAACGUAACUUAGACGUUGUUAUUGCUACUGACAACUCUUUUGAUACUCCAGAAAUUUGGCCAAAUGGUCACUCUAUUAUCUCUACUUACACUCGUCAAUUCCACGACAUUGGUAAGACUGAUGCUUUCCCAUACGUUCCAGAUACGGAAACUUUUGCUGCUCUAGGUUUAACCGAAAACCCAACUUUCUUCGGUUGUGAUUCUUCCAACUUGACUGACUUGGCUUAUAUUCCACCUUUAGUUGUUUACUUACCAAACAGAAUGUACUCUUAUUCUUCUAAUAUCAGUACUUACACAUUUACUUACACUAAGGAAGAACGUCUAGCUAUGAUUCAAAACGGUUUCGAAAUCGCCACCAGAAAUAACAUGACUGACGACUCUGAAUUUGCUAGUUGUAUCGGUUGUGCUGUCAUAAGACGUAAGCAAGAACAAUUAGGUCUUGAAUGGCCAUCUGAGUGUGAAAAAUGUUUCGAAAGAUACUGUUGGAAUGGUACUUUGGCUAGUGAUUUAACCAGUAUAUCAAGCUCCACCAAUGGUUCAUCCUCCACCACCACUACAACACAAGAUGAUUCAUCUUACACCACCGAAUUGACAACCUUAAAUUCUAGCGAUAACUUCUCAACUAUUCACAUUGAAACAUCGACCACUAUUACUUGUCAUGAAUGUGAAGAGGCUCAAGCUACUGCGACCGCCGAAGUUUGCGAAGAAUGUGAAGAAAGUGAAGUUACUACUACUAUCGAAUGUGAAGAGUGCGAGGAAGCACAAGCACAAGCUACUGUUACUGCUGAAUGUGAAGAAUGCGAGGAAGCACAAGCUAACGGUCAUCAUUACACAACUACCACAUCUAUGACAACUACAACUGAAGUUUGCGAAGAAUGCGAAGAAGCUAAGGCCACUGCUACUGCUACUUCCAACGGUUCUUCCAACGGUUCUUCCAACGGUUCUUCCAACGGUUCUUCCAACGGUUCUUCCAACGGUUCUUCCAACGGUUCUUCCAACGGUUCUUCUAACGGUUCUUCCAACGGUUCUUCUAACGGUUCUUCAGGCAAGGCCUCUUCUUCAGUACCAACAAUCUUACAAGUUACAACUGCUCUACCAACCUCAUCUGCAUUCAGCAUGGUUCUGAACGAAAAUGCAGGUAACAAUGUGGGUAUCACUACUGGCCUAACUUUAAUGGCUAUUUUUGGUGCCUUCCUUGGUUUCAUGUAG